AUGAAUGACUGUACCUUCCCAAGGUACAGUGACAAUGACAUAAUUUCACUCAUUCGUACCCGCUUGCUUACGGGAAAUGAGGCCAAAAACUUAUCCAAAAGUGACUUAUUUCCAAAUGUCAAGCCUGAAGUAGUGCAGAUGAUCUUCAUGAGAGCCUUACAGAGUGUAUAUGGAAUCCGCCUGGAACACUUUUACAUGAUGCCAGUGACCUUUGAAACAGCCUAUCCCCAGAUUUUUGAAGGGUUCCUACCCAUCGGGAAUUUGUUUAUUAACAUGGAGAAGUUUUUCCCAAUCUGCCGUAUCAAUGACUUCCAGACUGCUGAUAUCAUUAAUCCAAAAACGAAGAGGACAGCUCGGUUCUUGAGUGGCAUUAUUAACUUUCUUUUCUUCCGUGACUCGCGACGUGAGGUCUACCUGGAAAUCCAGAGCACUUACAAAUCGGCUGUGGAAAGAGAACAGCGGCUUCAGGCGGCAAUCCAGGAGGCGACCUUGAAACUGGAGAAACUGGAUACAAUUCCAGCAGAACAACAAGCAGAGUUCAAGGAGCUGUCGCAAGAUAUUCAAGAGCUGGAGCAAAGACUCAACCAAGAAUAUCGGCAGAAAACGGGUGCUUUGCAAGAAGUGAUCCACCAAAAGAGGAUGGAAAUUGCAGAAAAAACCCAGAAUCUGAAUGAGCUAAAACUGACUAUAUGUAAUCUAAAAGAAGAACAAGAACAGCUGAAAUCCAAGAUUACAAAGUCUCCUGAGGAGCUGACUAAUAGCAAGGAACGUCUGAAGCAGACACUGGAAAAACUCAAGCAAGACAAGCAAGAAGUCAUCAAGAAGCACGAGGAAUACAGGGACCUGGUGGGGGACUUUCCGUCCUGCCAGCUGGAGAUGGAGCUGUACGAGAAGAAGCUGCAGGCCCAGGAAGCCAAUGUGCAGAAGCUGCUGGCGCUCUCUGCGGAGAUCCGAACCCUGGAGGACCAAAUAGAGAAUAGCAAUAGCAGAUUCAAGAAUGCCAUGACAGAGGAAAUGUCCUUGAAAAGACUCGUUAAAGUUAAACAGGAAAAACUUGCUGCUACUGAACUCAAAAUUAAAAAGAUAUGCGAGGACAUGGAGCAGCGCAAGCGGGCAAUAACCGAGUACUGCAACACAUUUCAGGAGAAAAGAGGUGUCGUCUGUGAGAAGCUGACAGAGACUCACACAGAAAUCAGGCGGCUCAAAGACUGCAUUCAGCAGCUCACAGACAGCAUUGCAAAAGAGAAGUCGAAAGCUCAGGAGAUCUACCUUAGCCUGCGGGGUGGCUUGGAGAAAUACCACGGAAACCUGGCAAAGAUAGUGGACAGCUGCACAUCUGCAAGAGAAACCAAGACUGCCGAAUUAACAAAGCUGUUUUGAUAGUUCUGUCACCUUUGCUCGUGGAGCUUCUGUAACCCUCAUCUUUGGGCUGCAUUUCUACUGUGGGAAAUACCUUAGAGCACCUUUCCUCUGGCUUUGGAAGAGGGGAAAACUGGUCCUGCUUAAUACUGACUAGUUCUAGUAUUACCAGUUGCUACAUCCUGUUAGAUGGAGAAUAUUGUUCAUUCCAUCUGCACUAUAUUGUCUUUGGUGGUUCACCUUUUCUCUGUGCUAACAAGUGUGCAGUUUCAGAGUCUGAAGACCCUGCCUGGAGAGUGGCAGGUUGUCUCCAGGUUCCCAUGAUGCUCACACUUUCUCAAGCCUGGCUGGGGCAGGCGAGCGGGGCCCUCAGGAUGGGAGCCUGCAGGCCCCGGCACUUGCUCACUUCGGCCGGUGCACCUGAGCGUGGGCACAGCUGAGGGACCGGAAUGUGUGUGCUGGCAGUGUUAGGGUCGAAGCCUCUCUGAAAAUGGCUUUUGUAUUCAAUACAAGUAUGUGUACAAUAAAGAUGCUUUAUUAAAAACGUGUCUCUGUGCCCUGGGAGGGCCACCGGAGGCCACCCUCCUCCAUCUCCACUAAGACGGCGCCAGGAGGGUGCGUGCAGCAACGCUUAGUGAGUCCGCAGCCUCGUCGGGGGCCAGCCAGUGCCCCUCCUCCAGGUGCUUCCCCUCCAGAGCAAGGGGCUGCAUCUCUCGCUGCUGCCCGAGGAACCAGUGUGUGUGUGUGGGGGGGGUCUUGGCUCUCUUCUGGCGAGGAAGGGGCUGGGAGCCGCUGACUUCUCCAUCGUGUGCAUCUCUGGGAG